GCCCUGUCCUGCCCCGUCCCUCCCCGCCCCGCCCUGCUGCGCUCGGCCCCGGGGGCUGGCCUUCCUCGUCUCCUUUGUCAGUCGCCUCGCUUUGCACGCAGUCAGUUUCGCUGCGGCCCGGGACAGGAGCGCCGUGUGACCGGACGAAGAGCUCUGAUCAACAAUCAGUGAGGGAGGAUGGGUGAGUACGUGGACAAGAGGGACACCUGCGGGACCAUCUGUCUCAAGUACCUGCUCUUCAUCUUCAACUUCUUCUUCUGGCUGGCCGGAGGUGUGGUGAUGGCUGUUGGCGUUUGGACCCUGGCCGAGAAGAGCGACUACAUCAGCCUCCUGUCCUCCAGCAUCUAUGCUGCCACCGCCUACAUCCUGGUGGUGGCUGGUGCGGUCGUCAUGCUGACCGGCAUCCUCGGCUGCUGUGCCACCUUCAAGGAGAGGAAGAACUUACUUCAGUGGUAUUUUGCUUUGCUGCUGUUCAUCUUCCUCCUGGAGAUCCUGGCUGGCAUCUUGGCAUACAUCUAUUACCAGCAGCUGAGUGAUGACCUGAAGACAAACCUGAGAGUGACGAUGAUUGAGAAGUACCGGGUAGCAGGGAAUGAGAAGAUCACCAAGGCCGUUGACAAACUGCAACAGGAGUUCCGCUGCUGUGGCAGCAACAACUCGCUGGACUGGAAUGACAGCGUUUGGGUGAAAACCUCCAACGCCGGGGGCCGCGUCGUUCCCGACAGCUGUUGCAAGACGAGAACCACUGGCUGUGGCAAGAGGGACCACCCAUCCAAUAUCUACAAGGUGGAGGGGGGCUGUAUCACCAAGCUGGAGGGGUUCAUCAUGGCUCACCUGAGGAUCAUCGGGGCAGUGGGAAUUGGCAUUGCCUGUGUCCAGAUUUUCGGGAUGAUCUUCACCUGCUGUCUGUACCGCAGCCUUAAGGAAGACACUCCAUACUAAAGCCCUCCCUCCCUGGAACCCAACACGCUCCAGCCCCUUGCUGUCCCCCUGCCACUUCUGGCCCCACACUCUCCCUCGGCUUUCCCAGCCCCAGCCCCCUGCCCUGCAGUCGUAAGACACGAUUACGAUCGGGACCCAGGAUAUGAACUCGUGGCUCCUUUUCUGGGCUCUGAACUCCUGGGAGGUAAACCCAGCCUUCCCGGAGCGGGCCCCAGGAUCGAAGCUCCUGAUUCCCUCGGGACACACUGCCUCACCCUUGAACUCUUGACCCAGCAGGAGUGGCCAUGCCCCCAGUCGGUCCCCAGCCCCUCCUGGGACUGACUCCUGGUGCUGGGUGGUGGGGUGGUCUCUGAGUUCCCGGACCGGUCGGGGUGGGGGGCGACGAAGCGGUGUUUCGGUCUCCUUGCCUUCCGCUGCGUCCCCGGUGAAGCCCAGCCAGGAGACCAACCCUCAGAAGCGUACGGGCAGAGGGGUGCCAGGUUGCUGUGUGGGCUGGCAGAGGGGAUGGGGUGGGGUAAUGCUGGCAGAGACUGUGGCGUGUCAUUAACACAGAGCCUAGCUGUUGCACGAGUUGCCUCUGCUGGGUGUGUGGGAGCGGGGAGCAGUACAGGCAGUGAUAGAGCCUGUAACCCAGCUGUAACAGCACCGCUGCCCACAGAGACAGCUCACUGCCCUCCGCCUUGUAUUUUUUUAUAUAUAUUUACUGAGGAAAAUAAAACCAGAUCUAA